AUGUUUGGAUCAUCCGAGUCCGAUGAAGAGAGAUUGUGGCCUGCUUUGGAUUCUGAUGGUGAAGAGGAAAUACCAUUCCCUGAGUUUAAUCCAAAAACAGAUAUGAAGGACCCGGUCUUCGAGAAAGGGAUGAUAUUUGGCAGCGCUGCCAUUUUGAGAGAGGCUAUAAGGGAGAGAGCUAUUAGAGAUGGUUGGGAGGUAUAUUUUAUCAAAAAUGAAAGGAAAAGGGUGAGGGCUAUAUGCAAGUCCCAAGACUGUCCAUUCGAGCUCUAUGCAUCUAGGAUGCAACAUGAGGAAUCGCUUAUGAUCAAGACUUAUGAGCCGGAACACAAGUGCACGAGAGUCUUUGAUAACAGCAUGCUCAGUGCUAAGUAUUUAACUAAGCAUUUCAUGGAAAGGAUCAAGCUGAACAGUGGCUGGAAGCCAGAAUCCUUGGCUCAAACUAUGUCUUCAGAAGUUAGAGUAAGGGUCUCCAAGCAGAUGGCUUAUCGAGUAAAGAAAGCAGCCCUUUUGGUGUUAAAGGGAACCAUCAUGGAGCAGUAUGCCAGACUUAGAGAUUAUGCGAAUGAGCUGAAAAAGGUAGACCCUUCUACAACCGUUGACAUAAAAUGUGAUUUCAGCAAGGGAGAUAGCCUUCCAAUCUUCAAGAGGAUGUAUAUCUGUCUUGGAGCUCUAAAAAAUGGAUUUAAAGCGGGAUGUAGGUCUGUGAUUGGGAUAGACGGUUGCCAUUUGAGGUUUGCAGAUGGGGGUCAGCUCUUGACAGCUGUUGGCAUUGAUGCCAACAACACUUCAUGGGUGAUUGCCUACGCAAUGGUGGAGAUGGAAAGCAAAGACUCGUGGAUUUGGUUCCUAGAGCUUCUGUGCAAAGACCUGAGUAUACUUGAGGAUGCAGUAGGUUGGACUUUCAUCAGCGAUAAGCAAAAGGGUUUAAUCCUUGCCUUUGAAGAAGUAGUUCCAUUGGCCAAGAUUAGAUUUUGUGUGCGCCAUAUGUGGACAAAUUUUACGAAGCUGUUUCCGGGAAAGGUACUGAAGGAUCAAAUGUGGAAGUGUGCAAAGUCAACUACACUUCCUUACCUUGCAAAGGAAAUGGAGGAGAUGAAGGCUUUGGAUAAUGAAGCGUACAAGUGGAUGACACAUAAGGAUAGGCUUCCACAGCAUUGGUGUAGAGCACACUUCGAGACUUGGUCGAAGUGUGACAUUAUGAUCAACAACUUAUGUGAAAGCUUGAACUCGUUCAUUUUUGAUGCUAGAGCAAAACCACCAGUGAUUAUGUUCGAGGAAAUGAGAGUGAAGCUAAUGAAGAGAAACCAAAUCAGAAAGGAUAAGAUGCAAGCAAUGGUGGGAAAUCUGUGCCCCAAGCCUAGACAAGUACUAGAAAAGAACAAAAUGAAGGCUGCUUCAGAUUGCAUUUCUAUCGGGAAUGGUGGUGACCAAGUGGAGGUGGAGACUUUUGAAGGAACAAAGAAUGUGGUCAACCUUACGGCAAGGACCUGCACAUGCCGAAUGUGGGACUUAAGUGGUGUUCCAUGCAAGCACGCGGUCUCAGCAAUAUACAACAACAGGGCAGAUCCGGAAGACUUUGUUGCAGAUUGCUACUUAAAAAAGACGUACCUUAACAUUUACAGUAAUUUGAUCAAGCCGGUUAACGGAAUGGAGAUGUGGACUAGGAGUGAAGAACCACCAAUUCUGCCUCCACAGUAUUCUAGACAGCCCAGAAGGCCACGAACAAAGAGGAUAAGAGAUUUAUCGGAGAAGUUGGCUGCACAGGGAACAAAGCUUGGAAGAGUUCAGCGGUCGUUGAAGUGUAGCAAUUGUCAAAGAGUUGGUCACAACGUGAAGACAUGUCACCGACAUCUUCCACCAAAAGAUAAACAAGCUGCAAAUCCUAAACCUGGAAGAAAGCCACCAUUGAGUAAGAACGACUUGAGGAAAAACCAUCUAAAAGUGGUAGAAUAUCAAAGGAAGAAGAUGGCUGCAUUGAAGGCAUCUAGAAAAGCUGAUGCUGCCACCCCUGCUAACUCUACCAAAGCUGCUGUUGCCGCCGUAAAAUCCAAGUCCACCAAAGCUGCUGCUGCUACUGGCACAUCUACCUCAGCAACCACGAGGCCUCCGACAUCAAGUAAAGCAUCAAAAGGCCAAACUCCAACACCUUCCAGAUCAUCUCAAAGGAUUAGGCAGAAUUCCAAGUAA